CAGGCCUGGGCCGGGCGAGGGGACGAGUGGGUGGAGCGGGCCGGCCGGCCUCGCCCCGGGUGACCGGCUGUCCUAUGCCCUCCCCCAGCCAUGGGCGUGCAGCCCUCCAACUUCUCAUGGGUGCUCCCGGGCCGGCUUGCGGGGCUGGCGCUGCCCCGGCUCCCCGCCCACUACCAAUUCCUGCUGGACGUGGGCGUGCGGCACCUGGUGUCCCUGACAGAGCGCGGGCCCCCGCACAGCGACAGCUGCCCCGGCCUCACCCUGCACCGGCUGCGCAUCCCAGACUUCUGUCCGCCGGCCCCCGAGCAGAUCGACCGCUUCGUGCAGAUCGUGGACGAGGCCAACGGCCGGGGAGAGGCCGUGGGAGUGCACUGUACCCUGGGCUUUGGCCGCACGGGCACCAUGCUGGCCUGUUACCUGGUGAAGGAGCGGGGCCUGGCUGCAGGAGAUGCCAUCGCUGAAAUCCGGCGCCUUCGACCCGGCUCCAUCGAGACCUAUGAGCAGGAGAAAGCAGUCUUCCAGUUCUACCAGCGAACUAAAUAAGGGGCAGCGCCCUCUGCCGGGCUCCCACUGCCCUGACCUGUGUGUUAGAUGGGGCCAGAGAUGCAGAAGUGGACUGCAAGUGCUAAACCCUCCAGCUGCCAGCUGGCUCGAGAGAUUGAAGUAGCACUCCCGUGCAGGCAGGUCCUAAUUGAAGGGAGCCCCAUUGAUGUGGGGGGUCCCUCUGCUGCUUCCUUGAAUAAAUAACUUGUAAAAACAAG